GCGACGGUGUACUUUUUGUCCUAACAGUCCUCCGUCGUCGCACAUAAAACAUGGCGGCCGCCCUAGCGAGGAAGGUGCCCGGGCUGCUGAGGCCGCUCGCUCUGUGCGCCAGGGCUGCACGGCUCUGCCCGCCCGCCUCCUUCAGCCGCCCCCCUCCGGUCCACACAGCUGCUGCCUGUCCGCCGGUCUGGGCCCCUCUGACGGCCAGACUGUGUCAGCCACCGCGGCAGAGCAUCCUGCAGCGGGUGUCGGCGCUUAUUCCCAGCAUGACUCAGCAGACCACCAGAAACCUGACAUAUUACAGCGUGAAGAAGGGGAAGAGGAAAUCGGUGCGAGCUGUGAAACAGAGGUUCUUGAGGCUGCAUUGUGGCCUCUGGGUCAGACGCAAGGCUGGAUACAAGAAGAAACUGUGGAAGAAGCUGCCAGCCAGACGGAAGCGCCUGAGGGAGCAUGUAUUUUGUAACAAAACACAGUCUAAGCUUUUGGAUAAAAUGACAACUUCCUUCUGGAAAAGGAGGAAUUGGUACCUCAAUGAUCCAUACUUAAAGUACCACGAUCGAGUCAAUCUGAAGCCUUAAUUGCUGAUUAAUGUACGGUAUUUUGUUCUUGUUGGAAUAUAAUGUAUUAAAGUUGUAUGUCUCUGAAGUGGUUUUGUUAUACGUCACUUUGUUGAAUUUGAAAGAACUUGAAUUAUCAUCCUCAGUAAAAGCCUUCACACAACUU